AUGGGAAUCUUUGGAAAUUGGAACAACAAGGUAUCACUGGAAGCUGGUGUCGACUAUUCCCUUCACUACGUGACAUUCCUCGUACGGAUACGGCUGAAAGAGGGCAUUGGGCUGGCCGUGAGGGAUGCGUCAGGCAGCAGCGACCCCUAUGUCCGAUUCAAGUACAAGGAAAGGAUCGUCUACAAGAGUAAUACGAUAUUUAAGAAUCUGAAUCCGGUAUGGGAUGAAGAAUUUUCGAUGCUGGUGGAUGAUAUCACGAGCCCGAUCGUGAUAGAGGUCUACGACUACGACCGUUUCUGCACUGAUGACUUCAUGGGCUCUGCCCAGCUCGAUCUCAGCCAGCUGAAGCUUUUUCAGCCUAAAGAAUUGACGCUACCUCUCACCUCGGUUGGAGCGCCGCCCGGGACGUGUUCAGAGGGUGAAGAACUCGGGCAGAUCGCUCUCUCGCUAUCGAUUAUGCCACAAACACAAGAAGAGAAAGAACAGUUCCUUCAAAAGUCACGAGGCGGUGUGCUGUCAUCACAAGAAGUCAAGGCGCAGCGGCUUGUCCAAAUCUGGAGCUCGGUCGUCAAUGUGGUUCUCGUCGAGGCGAAGGGCUUACAGGCGACCGCUCCCGGAGCCCCAGAUCCGUACUGCAAGUUCAAGCUCGGCCAGGAGAAGUACAAGAGCAAGGUCAUCUCCAGAACCGGCGACCCCAAGUGGAUCGAGCAGUUCGACCUCCACAUUUUUGAGGGAGGAGCAGAGAUGUUGGAGCUGAGCUGUCACGACAAGAGGACGAGCACUUGUAUCGGGAGAACCUCAAUCGACCUGACAGCCGUCGAACGCGACACCACCGUCCAGCAGUGGCAUACCGUUUAUUCUGUUGAGGAAGAAGCACCAUGUGGAAAAGUUCUGCUACUGUCCACAGAUACGGUCGUAGACUUGGCGGAGUUCAACCAAAACGACGUCCGCCACGCCAUCGUCCAGAAGUUUGAACUCCGCUACAGUCAUCAAUGCCUCAAAGAAGUCGGUCAUUUGACCGUCAAAGUCUUUCGGGCCGAGAACCUGAUCGCCAAGGAUCUGGGCGGAAAGUCCGACCCGUUCGCUGUGUUGGAAUUAGUGAACACCCGCUUGCAGACGCACACCGAGUACAAGACGUUAUCACCGCACUGGAACAAGCUUUUCAUAUUCUCUGUCCGCGACAUCCACACAUGCCUUGAAGUCACGGUCUACGACGAGGACCCAAACAACAAAUUCGAAUUCCUAGGCCGGGUCUCGAUCCCGUUGAUUACGAUCCGAAAUUGCGAGAAGAAAUGGUUCGCCCUCAAGGAUAAAAAGCUGAUGAAUCGAGUGCGGGGGGACAUUCUGUUGGAGCUGGACCUUAUUUGGAAUCCGAUUCGGGCAGCGAUUCGUACAUUCAACCCCAGGGAGCAGAAGUACAUCCAGCCAGAGCAGAAAUUCAAGCCGGCCCAAUUUAAGGCGGUGGUGAUUGAGUUAAAGGAUUUUGCCAUGUCGGUCAUCGAGUACAAGGACUACAUCUACAGUUGUUUCGAUUGGGAAUCGAGGAGCCGGAGCUUAUUCGCGUUUUUGCUCUUCAUCAUCACCGUCUACAACUUCCAGCUCCACCAUGCUCCAAUGGUCAUUUUACUCCUAUUCCUGAAGGGCUACGUCUACAGGCGCAUCGCGGACGGUCUCAGCCAUGGAAAACGAUGGGAGGAACGAGGGCUGUCGGCUGGUGGGAACUCGGUGGAUGAGGACGACGAAGGAGAACUGAUUACACCUACGAAACAGAAGGCAGAGGCAAGUUCCUCGCUGCGGGACACCUUCUUCUCGGUGCAGGAGACGCUGCAAGUAGUUCAAGGAGUGCUCGUGUUCAUCAACGAGUUGCUGCAGAGGAUCAAGAACACCUUCAACUUCACAAACCCGUGGCUCUCCUGGCUAGCUGUCGUCGUCCUUACCGUAGCCACCGGUCUACUGUACCUCGUCCCCCUCCGCUGGAUCAUCAUGGUCUGGGGCAUCAAUAAGUUCACCAAAAAACUGCGCAAUCCGCACUAUGUCGACAACAACGAGCUGCUGGACUAUUUGUCCCGAGUGCCGAGUGACACGGAAAUUCAACAAUGGCGCGAGCUGCCCGUCGAGCCGAAGAAGCAAGCGAAGGAGAAGACUUCGAAA